CGCAGCACGAGCUGAGCCGGAAGUGACGUUCGAGAUGAAGACGAGAAGGCUCAAAGUCCGCCUGUCCCCGAGACUGAUAGCCAGCUAUGAUUGCCGAAAGAUUAGCUACGCCUCCAAUGCGCUUGCAGCCGGCUGUCCAUCGUCCUCGCACGCACCGUUCCUGGAUCGCAAGUCUUUAGUCAAUGCUUUCCAAAAUGGCGUCGAGAUCGGACUUGAAGAAUGACAUGACUAAGUCGUGACAGAAAUUACCAGCCACGCGACAACCGCUGCGCCUGUGCGUCAUUGCGACAAUAGUGGUAUUGGCGCGCCCAAGUUAGACUAGGCGAUUCUCUCCCAAACGGAAGCGGCUGUGCCUAUCUAUCUCUCGCUCUUCCUCCCUCCUUCACACGUUCUUCCUGUCCCUGCACAACGCGCCAACGCCCAACCUCAACUUGAAUAUGUCUUCGUACGCGAAUGUCGCCGCGCACAACGCGCCCUCGCAGGCGCAGCAGCCCCACGCAGACCAGUCGCUGCUCAGUGGCAGCAACAACCGCACCGGCGACGUGACCACCUCGAGGCCGGAUGUCGACACUGGUAAAGUCAACGUUGUUCCCUCGAGCCAGGACCUGGACAACAUCAAGACGCAGACGUCUGAUGCAGCACAAAAGGCCUAUGAAGACGCCAAGCGCGAGGCAGAGAAGCUCGAGGCCGAGGCCAAGCGCGAGGGCAAGAAGCUGCAGGCGCAGGGCAAGAAGUUUGAAAAGGAGGCAGGAAAGAGGCUCAAGAAGACAGGCGAGGAGGCGAAGAACCUCUGGAACACCUUUUCGAGCGAGCCAAAGUACUGGCUUCCAGCUCUUGGUGCUAGUGAGUCACAGAUCAAGGCUUGUCUGUCCAUUGUCGGAGAGGGAACUGACACUUGGUCUCUGGCAGUCAACGCCGCACUGCUGGCUGGCGUCGGCGUAUUUGCUUACACAAACCGCGAAAAUGCAAAGACGUGGGACCGUCGCCUCGUCAGCGCCGUGACAGUGGGAAUUCUCGGCCUUCUCGGAGGUGAAAGGUGGGUUCUUGCUCGUUGUCAACUUUUUUUUGAACAGCAAACUGAGAGCAUCACCGCCUCCAAAUAGCUACCUGGCGACCGAGGCUGCUCGAAAGCAAAAAGGCCGCAAAUAAAGUUAACGCUGAGCUGUACACUACCAAAUCACCUCUUUGCUCCGCC